GAGUGCAAAGUAGACGAUGCUCAAAAUGAGGAUCAAUUAAAAUCCUCAAUAGAAAGUAUCUGGUGUCAGUAAUCCAGAUCUUUUCCUCCUUCAUUGUUGCUGCGGAUCCGCCACAGCCUGUCCUACCGUCAGGAGUGAAAGAGACAAUUCACCUUAAAAGUCCCCUCGACCACCCCUACUGGACUCGCCCACUCUCCCUGUUGUUGUGUUUAAUAAUUCUUGUUGAUUAUUACCGUUUCUUAUUCCUUUUUAUGACAUCCAUAGAGCCGUCUCUGUAGCAGAUCCUACGGUUCAUGGCCCCCUCAAUCGCGCUGUCCUGAUCUCGCCGCUCCCGUUUGUUACGCCGUCCACCUGAAGAACAUGCACUUCAGCGGCGUCACGGCCGCCCUGCUGGGCCUCAGCUGUGCGGCUUCGGCGACUCUUGACCGUCGGACCUACGAGACUCACGAUUUCUUCGCACUACACCUCGACGACUCGACGCCGCCGGCCCAGGUCGCUCGGCUGCUGGGAGCCCGCCACGAGGGCCAGAUCGGCCAGCUGCCGGGUCACCACAAAUUUUCUUUACCCAGGAGUCAGACCUCGGAGCUGGAUACAUUAUUAGAGGGCUUGAAGGCAAGGAGGAAACUUCGCAGGCGGUCCGGUGGGGAUAAUGGUGACGGCGAGGAGGUCGGCGAUGGGCUAGACGGGGUCCUCUGGUCGCAGAAGCUGUCGUCCAGGCAGAGACUUGUGAAGAGAGAAGGGGGGGAUCCCUCGAGUAAAUACUCGCAGAUUUCUCCUCGUGCGAAUCGAGUGGAGGAUGCGGCGGCGGUUGCAGCUCGCAAGCAGGCCGCCGAGUCUCUUGCCAUCACGGACCCGAUCUUCAACGAGCAAUGGCAUCUGUUCAAUACGGCGGAGCUCGGUCAUGAUCUCAACGUCACGGGCCUCUGGCUGGAGGGAAUUACGGGGAAAGGUGUGAUCUCCGCGAUUGUGGACGACGGUCUGGAUAUGUACAGCGACGACCUCAAGCCCAACUACUUCCCCAAACCGCGUCUGUUCGACGACAAACACGGCACACGAUGCUGCGGCGAGAUCGCAGCCGCCCGGAAUGACGUCUGCGGAGUUGGGGUGGCCUACGACAGCAAGAUCUCCGGCAUCCGUAUUCUGUCUGCGCCUAUCGACGAUGCUGAUGAGGCGGCGUCCAUCAACUACGCGUAUCACCACAACGAUAUCUAUUCGUGCUCGUGGGGCCCACCCGACGACGGCAAGACGAUGGACGCCCCCGGUGUUCUGAUCCAACGGGCAAUGGUGAAUGGCGUGCAGAACGGGCGUCACGGCAAGGGCUCGAUAUACGUCUUUGCGGCGGGCAACGGCGCGAGCUCGGAUGACAACUGCAACUUUGACGGCUACACGAACAGCAUCUACAGCAUCACAGUGGGUGCGAUCGACCGGGAGGGCAAACAUCCCAGCUACGCCGAGUCGUGCUCGGCGCAGAUGGUGGUUGCGUACAGCAGCGGCUCGGGCGACGCAAUCCAUACCACCGAUGUGGGCACCAACAAGUGCUACUCGGGCCACGGGGGUACGUCCGCGGCUGGUCCGCUGGCCGUCGGGGUAAUGGCGCUUGCACUCAGCAUUCGACCGGACCUUACCUGGCGCGACGCGCAGUACCUGUUCAUGGAGUCGGCGGUGCCGGUCAACGAGGACGACGGCAGCUGGCAGGUCAAGAAGACCGGCCGCAAGUUCAGCCACGACUGGGGCUACGGCAAGGUGGACGCUUACACUCUUGUCCAGCUAGCUAAGACCUGGGAACUGGUCAAGCCCCAGGCGUGGUACCAUUCCCCCUGGCUGCGCGUGCAGCACGCCAUCCCCCAGGGCACCCAAGGCCUAGCCAGCUCGUUUGAGAUCACAGCCGAGGCGUUGAAAAAGGCAAAUGUUAAGCGACUCGAGCAUGUCACCGUUACUAUGAACGUCGAGCACACCCGUCGGGGGGAUCUGAGCCUCGAGAUGCGCAGCCCGGAGGGGAUUGUCAGCUACCUUAGUACCACCAGAAGGCCAGACAACGAACGCGAGGGCUAUGUCGAUUGGACAUUUAUGUCGGUGGCUCAUUGGGGCGAGUCUGGCAUCGGCAAAUGGACGGUUAUUAUCAAGGACACGAAUGUCAACGAACACAACGGCACCUUCACCGACUGGCAGAUCACGUUGUGGGGAGAAGCCAUUGAGGCUGACAACCAGCCACUACAUCCCUUCCCUGAUGAGCACGACCAUGACCAUGCCAUCGAGGACGCCAUCGUGGCGACCACCAGCAUCGCGGCGGGCCCAACCAAGACCAAUGAACCGAGCAAACCGACCGAUCAUAUCGAUCGGCCGGUCAACGCGAAGCCCACGCCGAUUGAGGAUGCGUCCAAGCCCGCCGUCACCACCGGCACGAGCAACAGCACCGACACCACUUCAUUUGAACAUUUCCUACCUUCCUUCCUCCCGACCUUUGGGGCAUCGAAACGGACCCAGGCGUGGAUCUACGCGUCGCUCGUCCUGAUAAUCGUCUUCUGCCUGGGCCUGGGUGUCUACUUCCAAAUCCAACGCCGCAAGCGCAUCCGCAACAACCCGCAGGAUGACUACGAGUUCGAGAUGAUUCAGGACGAGGAUGACCUGCAGGCGCUAACGGAGCUUUACAACGCCUUUGCGGGCGAGAGCGACGAGGAAGUCUUUAGCGACGACGAAGAAGGACCUUAUCAAGAUCGAGAGAGUGAGGAUGGCCAGACGCAUGAGAAUGGGGAGCAUCCACAAGGGCGAUAGGGUAUAUAUCUAUCUCACAUCUGAGCGCCUUGUCUUCCUGCCUGUCUGUUCUUCAUUCACCACACCUUUAUUAUUAUUAUUAUUAUUAUUCCUAUUUACUCCAUUGCAUCGAAAUAGUGUACAUGACAUACAACGAGAGCAAUUAAAUCCCGUCUUUCUGCUGCAGUA